UAUGGAGAACAGGCAAAGAUUCUUUAUUUUCUGCUUAAUCUGUAUUGAUAAAAAGAGCUUCUCCUUUGCGGAGAAAUUCCUCUGUACACAGCUUCAUGAUUACUCAACACCGCAACUCCAGCAACCUCCGAACAUUAAAGAUCGGAUGUUACAACUGAUACACAUGGCUGUAUGAGAUUGGUGAUAUGUAUCACAGCAUCGGUACACGGUGUGUAGAAGAAAACUUACCAUCCUUCCCCUUUGUGGGGUCUAUAGAAUCUACAAGGCCCACCUAUUUCUCUCUCUCUCUCUCUCUGCUUUUUCUUUCCUUUACCAAAGCCCUAAUAUCUCUCUCUCUCUCUCUCCUCUUCCGCCCAAACCCUAACACUGGUUUUCUUCUCCGAUCACCAACUCUCCUUCUUCCCCCCCUCUCCCUCUCUCUUGAAAACCCUAGCCUUACCCGUCUGCGUCGAUUUUUAGAAUGGCCCUCCACAAGUUCUCGUCUUCAGACCACCAUAACAACCAGUCCCACCACCAAACAGAGCGAACCACCACCGCAGUAAUACCCACCGCCACGACCACUACCACCACCACCACAACAACCACCGCCAUAACCGAGCCCUCUUCCAAGACCCAACUCUCCCUUCCUCGCAAAGCCUCAUCUUCCUCCAGAGACCGUCACACCAAGGUUAACGGCCGAGGCCGCCGGGUCCGCAUGCCAGCCAUGUGCGCCGCCCGUAUAUUCCAGCUGACCCGCGAGUUGGGCCACCGCUCCGACGGAGAGACCAUAGAGUGGCUGCUCCGCCACGCCGAGCCAUCGAUCAUCGCCGCCACCGGUUCCGGCACACUCCCCGCCGCUCCCGUUUCCACCCCCAGCCCAGCCAUGGCGUCGACGUCGGCCUCGGUGACUUGCCGCGUGCAGCCAAUAUCCUCGGUGAGUUCUGGACAGUGUUUGUUCUCGGUGGGUCCUCCGCAGGCCGCGCCGAGUUGUCGUCUGGACUUGUGUCAGCCGGUGGGGUUGGAGUACGCCGCAGCGAGUAAUGGGUACCGGCACAUGCCGUUUACGGCGCUGUUGUUGCAGACGUCGACAAGUGAGGCUGAUGAGAGGCAGCAAGAGGAAGCUCUGAGGGAGCAUUAGAGAAUCACAGCCCAUAUAAAUUAUUAUAAAUGAAAAAUAGAUGCAAGUGAUAAUUAAUGGCUUAAAAAUGUACCUUCUUUGGGGCCUGUUUGAGUUUAGGUGGUAGCAUGAUCAAAGCUUUAUGCUUUUCUGAGUCUUCUUUUUCCUCUUUACUGGUUUUGGCUCUUUUCUAUUCA